CGAAGCGAAGCUGCGGAAGAGAAAACUAUACAUUCAUCAUCCUUGGAGAGCGCUGCUCAGAGUUGGAGGAGGAAGAAGAAGAAAAAUCGAUUCUUUUGUUUGGAAAAUCAAUGGCGGUUUCUUCUGUAGCUUCGUUCAUGUUACCCUCAUUCUCCAAUCCCACCUCUUCGUCUUCUUCUACCAGACAGAAGGUCUCUCUGCUCUCCUCGCUUCCUACACAUAGCGGCAUCGUCCUUAUUAACAAACCCUCCAUCUCAUCAUCAUUUACGACGAAGAGGGUCUUCGCAGCUCCCGAAACCCUAUCUCCAGAAACUCUCGACGAACCCUCCUCCGAGGUUUCGAACUCUUCCUCGAUCAGCGUUGACGCGGAUAAGAUGGCGCCAAAGCAGAAGAUUAGGAUCAAGCUUAGAUCGUACUGGGUGCCUCUUAUUGAGGACUCAUGCAAGCAGAUACUUGACGCUGCGAGGAAUACUAAUGCUAAGACGAUGGGUCCUGUCCCAUUGCCAACCAAGAAGCGUAUCUACUGUGUUCUCAAGUCUCCUCACGUCCACAAGGAUGCAAGGUUCCAUUUUGAGAUCAGGACUCACCAGCGGAUGAUUGAUAUUCUCUACCCCACUGCUCAGACCAUUGAUUCCUUGAUGCAACUUGAUCUUCCUGCUGGUGUUGAUGUCGAGGUCAAGCUCUGAAGAUCAGGGGUAACUACUACAAUGGUGAUGGGAACUUGCAUUGCAUGAACAGACUGUUUCAGAUCAACGACGUUGGUUAGAACUUGUAAGCCCUCCUGUAUACUCUUUUUGAGAGCCUCUGUAAUGAGUAUUUUCUGUUAGUGAUCUUUGGUCUUUUAUUAAUUACAAUAUUUUUUCUUUUGUAUUUAAUUCGGAUCUUUAUUUGAAUAUCAGUAUGAACAGAAACGAGGAAAGUUAAAAUAUA